GAAGAAGAUUACAGUAGAUUACGCUGGUCCUGACAUACAAUUUGGACGUUGAGCUAACGUACCAACCUACAUUCACUAUGAAAAAAUUUCUGGAUGAUAUCAAGAAAGAUGUCAAAUUUAAAACAGCUGGACCUGGGAAGAAACUUACCGAAGACAGCAGCUCUAGACCCCACGUGGUGCAGAGCAGUUCCAAGCAGCAGCAGCACCGUUCACGGCCCACCGAGGGGGCACAGAGAGCUGGAGCUGCAGCGCUGGCCAGAAUAGAUCAACACCAGAAGCCAAAGGGAUACACAUCGCAGGAUGUCAUUCGAAAUCAGGUCAAGCGAGAGUUGGAGGCAGAGGCAGAGGCUACAGCAGCUACUCAUGAGAGCUGUACAGUUCCAGUCAAAGAUGCUGUCUCUCAUUCUGUUCCUGGGAUUUAUUUCACAUGCCCUCUCACUGGGUCCAUGCUAACCAAGAUCGAAAGAGAGCCUUGCAUUAAAGAAGCUAUUCUCAUGAAAUUCGCAGAGGAUCCAGUUGAAGCUUCCAUCAUGAUGAUUCACACUUUCAACAAAGACCAGGAGAAGGUCAAAGGAGCCGUGGACAUCAUCAGCAAGUACAUUGACAACAUCUGUAAGAAUCCUACAGAGGAGAAAUACAGGAAGAUCAAAGUUAGCAACAAGAUCUUUCAGGAGAGAGUUAGCUGUGUAGAGGGUUGUCUGGAGUACCUCCAGGCAUUGGGCUUUGAGAGAACCAUGCUACCAAUAGAUGGACAAGACGACGGUGAGGAGUUCCUGCGGCUGGCCGAGCAGGAUGUCAGCUCCCUGGAGCAGCUGGAGGAGAAGAGGGACCAGCUGAAGAAAGGAGAGCCAGUCAGGGCUCAACUCGACCGCCAGCCGCAGGCCUUCAGACCGUCUUCCAAUGCUACACACUUUGAUCUGCCCAUAGACUUUUAUAACCUGACACUAGAGGACCUUAAAAGAGAGCAGCAACUCAAGAGCGAGAUUGUGGAGAGGAAUGCCAUGUUACGAACAAAAGCCAUGCGUGAGAGGGAGGAGCAGAGAGAGAGAAGGAAAUACAACUAUACCCUUCUAAGAGUGCGGCUGCCAGAUGGAGUUCUUCUACAGGGUACCUUCCUGGCUCGAGAAAGGGUUGCUGCACUUUACCAGUUUGUGCGGCAGUCGCUGGUGGACGGCUGGCAGCCGUUUGAGCUGGUGGUUCCUGGUGGGCGGAAGUUGAAGGAAGAUGAGGACGUACCACUCAAUGAGUGUAAUCUGGUCCCUUCAGCUGUGGUGACUCUUUCAUGGGAUGAGGCGGUGUUGGCAGACAUUGCAGCUGCUGGAAGACAGAGAACAUCUGUACUGAAUCCAGAUCUGCUUGAAAACAUCCAGACCCUCAGCUGAAUGUAUUUUUGUCAGAGCUCUCCUGACCUUUCCUCAGAACUCAUCAGAGCAUACCCUGAAUUUCCAUCAUUAAUCAGUUAACAGUUCUGAGUGGCUUUGGAGGAGUUGCUUAUAUGGAGGACAAAAGUCCCCAAUGUCAUGCAGUGUUGCACUUUUAAUACAAUUGUUGUCGGCCAUAACAUGGGUGCAGAAGGAGGCAAGUUUUGAAACUGCAUAUUAAGCUUGUAUACAACAACGUUAUGAAACUGCAUAUUAAGCUUGUAUACAAAACUGUUAAUGGCCGAGAUGCAGGUGUUGAAUUCCUCCCGUUAACACACAAAAAAGUAGCACUUUCAAAAGGUAAUACUUCAGUCUAACACUGAAUGUUUGUUGAACACCUUAAGGUUAGCUUGACUUAGCCCCUCAGAGCAGUGAAGAUUUAUGAACCUGAACUGAACCAGCGCAAGGCUUGGGAUUUAGGACACGGCCUACUGAAGGGGUACCUUGACCUCGACCUUGAAAUAAUGGAUGCAAAUGGCAAGGCUUGUACCCAUGGUUACGAUAGCUUACCUCUGAUUGGCAUUAGCUCGACAUUUGAGCUCUACUCUGGAUGACUAUUUGAUUUACACUAAAGAAUUACUGCCUCACCAUUUGUGUUUUAAUUCUCCAUGGACAACACUGCAGUGACUACAGCUAAGCGGUUUUAAACUGAUGUAUGACCAUGAAUUAACAGGCGAUGUUAACGGUUAUAACUGAUGUAUGAGAAUGAAUUAACAGAAACUGUAAACGGUUAGAACAGAACUAGUCCAACAGCUGGUGCUUCACUUCUGUUUGUCCAGGGCCAUUGAAUUGAUUUAUUCAAAUAGGGUUAAAUAGCUCUUAAAAGCAUCAGAAAAGACAUAGAAACAAAAGCACCAUAUAAUACAUAGGAAUGCCAAGGCACAAAAUAUGUGUUUUAAUGUAGGAAAUGUUCCAAGACGUACAAAUUAAAGCGCACCGAAUGAGUUUGAAAAUUGCAACUGGAAUUCUGAAGUCAAAAGAACAUUAACCCAACUGCAGAUAUCAACCUCAGUUGUCCCUUGCUUUUAAAUAAUGCUUUAUUCAAACUCCACAAGAAUAAUCUGCAAUGAUGGACACUGCUCUUUAAAUACAAGAUUUUUUUGUUGUUGUUGUUGUUGUUGGACGGCAAUGAAGUAGCCCACCUGUAACCAUUAUUAUUAAAAUGUACAUCAGAGGUUUGGAAAUUGUACAAAACCACA